AUGUCCAACUUUGACAAAGUAAAUCCAGGAGCUGUCUUUCAGGCUGAGUGGGCCAAAUGGCAGAAGCAGCUGCGGGAGUGGCGCCAGUCAUAUGAUGAGUGGCGCCAAGUCAUCCAACAGCUACAGGAGUGGGAUGAAAAGGAAAGCAAAGGCGUGCAUGGCCAGCUGGCCUCCAUAGAUCCCAAUUUGGAUGUUUUUGCCAUUGACAACAUUAUGGACAUCGGCGAGGGUGAGCCGCUCUUUGGAAGCUUUGAAUAUGAGGACUGGCUGCUUCUCAGCACCAAGGUGGAGCUUCACUUACUGGUGCACCACUUUCGGGAUGAUACCGGUGGAGCAGUUCUGGAUGAGUCCAACCUUCAACAUUACUACAAGACGUACUUUCGGCGCGAGCUGAAACUUGAUGACUUCGCGGCAAAGUCUGCAGCCGAAGUCAUUGAACUGGUCCAGGAUUCGGUUUGCAUUGAAAAUGCCCUGUUGGACUACAAGCUGCCUGAAGACACGCCCUUCGUGCAUUUCUUGAAGAUGACAGAGAAAGCACGCCGGGAUCGCCUUCAAGCCUUGGAGGCUGGUGACGAAACUGUCCUGCUCAAGUUUCCCGGUGCCGAGAAAGAAAGAGAAGCCAAGAAGAAGUACGAAGCAAGAAAAGCCAAGGAGUCCCAACCACCAUUGGAGCGGAAAGGUCUAGCGAAGCGGCCGCAUCAAGAAGUUGGCUACAAAGACCAAGAUCGUGAGAGGCGACCUGAACGUGACCGAGAUAGGCCUGGUGAGUCAUUGAGGGCAAGCAACUACGGUCAGAGCUAUUCCAGUCGAGAUGACAAGCAGUCUGGUAGAGAGCGUGACAUGCCGAGGGAUCGCUACUCAGAUAGAGAUAGGGAUAGACGCCCAGAUCGAUAUAGCGAGCGAGACACCGACAGAGAUGGCUACAGAAUCCAGAGCCGGUCAAGAGAUAGAGGAAGAUAUGGCGAGGCAGAUUCCAGGAGGUACCGGACCGGCAGUCAUGCCAGUCCUCCGAGUGAGCCGCGCACCGCGGCUGCGCGAUGCCCUCCGCCGCCCCCAGCCCCACGAGCUAAUACAACUACACGAAGAGACCCACCAAGCACCGCCUACUCCAGAGCGCUCCCAGACAGGGACAGGGAAAGAACACCUGCACAGCCUGCACCACAGACGGCGUAUCGGCGGGAUCCGCCACCAGACUCCAGAAGUGGUCAAAGGUCGGCUUUGUCGACGCAGGUCUACAGCAGAGAUGCUGGCACAUACGUUCAAAGUGUUCCACGUCCAAUUGUGCCUGCACCACCUGCAGCCUCUCCAGGCAUGGUCAAAGGCCCAGCGCAGGGCCAAAUCAAAGGUGCCUGGACAUAUACUGUAUAUGAGCAAUGCAGCGGAUCCAGUUUGCAGUCACGAGACCCAUUUGAGAACCACUAUCCACAGAGUUGCACAGCCUCAGUUGGGGGUACAAAGUAUGAUACAUGUGGAGUUUGGGGCCUCAUAAGGCUGGAAAUUCAAAAGUUCCAUUUUUGGGGUUCAGCAGGGGCUCUAGUGUAUUCGUUAGGGAACCGUUUUGGAAUGGUGAUGCUGCCUGAUGCGGGAGCACGUGAGGUGACCCUUGAAAGUGCAGGGGAUCGGAUUGGAAUAGGUCAAGGCAUGGUAGAGGAGGUCGGGAGAGAGGGCUAA